CGCUGCCCGCCGCCGCCAUGGCGGUGCCGGUGCCGGAGCUGCAGCGGGUGUGCCGGCAGGCCUGGGAGCCCGUGCUCGCCAGGGCGCGCCAGGCCGUCGUCUUCCUGGACGCGGCGUCCGCCGAGGCGCUGCACUGGGGCUGCGGCGGCGCCGGAGAGCUGCUGGCGGCGGGGGCGCUGGCCGUCAGGGCGCUGGCCGCUGAGGCGGCGGCGGGGGCCCGUGUCGUGUUCGUGGUGAGCAGGGCGCUGCGGGGCGGCACAGCCGCUGCCGUGCGCGGUGUGCUGGGCCGGGGCGCCGUGCGGCACUGCGUGCUGGUGUCCGGCACCGAGGAGGAGGGCGGCGGGCCGGCCGAGCUAGAGGAGAUGCUGCAGCGGUGGAUGGGCGAGGGCGGCCGCGCCGAGGUGGUGCUGCGGAGCCCGCCGCUCCUGGCGCCCGUCUCGGCGGAGCUGUGCCUGCUGCCCGGCCUGGCGGCGCUCCUGCCGCCUCUGCCCGGCCCCGGUGGGCCCGGCCCAUCGGAGGUCGGUGUGGGCGCCCUGCCCGCUAAGCUGCGGGCGGCGGUGCGGGCCCUGGUGGAGGAUCUCGACGCUUUCCUCACUGCGCUGGGCCUGCGAGAGGAGAGCUUCGCCGUGGGGGCCCUCAGCAGGGUCGUCGCCGCUGAGCUGGCAAGCUAUGCCCCAGCCAGGAACAGGAGGAGGAUGGCCACUAAUAAGGCCUCUAUCGUCUUCGUGGACAGGACGUUGGACCUCGCUGGAGCAGUUGGUCAUCAUGGUGACAAUCUUGCAGAGAAGAUACUUUCUGUGCUUCCCAAACUUCCCGGCCACAAGACUGAUGUGAUGGUUAACAUGGUGGAACUUACGGCACUGCAGACUGCAGAUGAAACUUGCAGUAUUAUAGCACCUGGCUGCCUAGCACAACCAAAUGAUCCAGCUGCUAAAGCUCUCUGGGAGUCUUUCAUGAAUCUCAAACAAAAGGAAGCUGUGAUGGAGGCUAGGAGACACCUUGUGGAGGCUGUGAGCAGAGAAAAUUUACCUAUUAAGAUGAGCAUGGGCAGAGUCACCCCAGAACAGCUCAGCUCAUACAUAAGGCUUUUCAAAAAUAACCUCAAAGCCUUGGAGAACCAUUGUGGUCUUCUGCAGCUUGUGCUGGCCACUAUCCAGACUUUGAAACACCCCCAGACUUCCAAAUGGGACAACUUCCUUGCCUUUGAGAGAUUACUUCUGCAGACUGUUGGAGAGUCAGAAAUGCCCAGUGUUUUGAACCAGCUAUUGCCAAUGAUCAAGUCUUACAAUGAGAGGACAAAAGAUGAUUAUACCUGCGAGGACUUCCUCAUCUUGCUUGUAUACAUGUAUUCUGUGGUUGGAGAAAUCAAAAGUGGAAAAGAGCUGGAUGCAGCUGAAGAGGAGGUGAAGACAGCCCUAGUCAAGGCCAUCUGUGAUGAGCCAGAGCCGUCUCCUUUGUUGCAGAAAAUAACAGGCUGUGACUCAUCACUGAACCUGACAUCUCAGAAAGCCACAGAUGCAGUGGAUGGUAUCUUUCGGUCCCUCGGGGAUAUUGCAAGAGCUCGAAUGCACAUGAAACAGUUUAAUUCCAUACACAAUCCAGGCAGCAACACCCACCAGGCUUCUUACAAACCACUGCUGAAACAGGUAGUGGAAGAGAUCUGUAAUCCUGAUCGACCUGAUCCUGUUGAUAUCGAGCAUAUGUCAUCAGGCCUCACCGACCUCCUUAAAACCGGAUUCAGCAUGUUCAUGAAGGUGAAUCGCCCUCACCCUGGUGAUCAUCCUCUUCUGAUCAUCUUUAUGGUUGGUGGAGUCACAGUCUCUGAGGUCAAAAUGGUGAAGGAUCUAGUAGCAACACGCAAACCUGGUACCCAGGUAAUCGUGCUCUCCUCUGCACUCCUGACACCACGUAGUGCUAUUGAGUUGUUGUUUGCCACAGACCGUCUCCAGCCUGACACUGAUAUUUGAUGAGGGAGGAUCUCUGGAGAAGAUGAGAUGAAGAGGGACUGGCUCAGCUCAGAACAUGCCACCAGCUUCAUUGCCUGGAGCCAGAUGUGCUUCACACCAAGCUGAGUCACAGCCACAUUCCUUCUGUGCCUAUUGCACACAGGAGGGAGAGAUGAGAGAGAGAGAGAAGUGUCUUACACUGACAGCUAUAAUGGACUCCAACUCCACACUCAUUCCUCAAAAGCUUCAAGUUGAAUCAUUUUAGUCUAUUAAAACCCACAAGUUAUUUGUAAGUAUAUAUGUUUACAGCCUCUGGACAAUGGUUUUGCAUACAAAGAAUCUCAUCAAGUUGUCAGCAAUACCAUAGCUAGUAAAAAAAUAAAGGACCAUUGUUUACAGUC